AUGUCAACCUUAGAAGGGAUACCUACAAACGAUGACUCUCACGAAGCCUCUGCGAUUGUGGAUGGUGAUACCCUCGGUCGCGCGCCCCGCGCCCCUCCUCACCCUGCCUCCGUGAAGAUCAAUGUCGAGGGCGCUUUCAUCGUGGAUGACGAGCCGAACAAGAGAACGAACAUGACAAGCGAAUUUGUGCAUCGGGAACACACGGACAUUAGGUUGCCGCACCAUACGGAUGUGGUCAGCCAUGUCGCGGUUGAUAUUGGCGGUUCCCUUGCGAAGCUCGUCUACUUUUCCCGCGAGCCGGGCUCGACCCAUGGCGGCGGGCGCCUCAACUUUCUGAAUUUCGAGACCGACCGUAUAGAUCUGUGCAUCGACUUCAUUCAAGAGCUGAAACAGACACAAUCGAAACUCAAUGGGUCAACCCCCCAACAGCUAUGUGUCAUGGCGACCGGAGGAGGAGCAUUUAAAUUCUACGACCGGAUGAAGGAGGUUCUGCACGUUGAUGUGAUCCAAGAGGACGAGAUGGAGUGUCUUAUCAUCGGUCUCGAUUUCUUCAUCACAGAGAUCCCGCAAGAAGUGUUCACCUACAGCGAAGAGGAACCAAUGCAAUUUGCCGAAGCACGCCCAGAUGUCUAUCCAUAUCUCCUGGUCAACAUUGGAUCGGGGGUGUCCAUGGUGAAGGUGUCAGGACCCCGAGAGUUUCAACGCGUGGGCGGUACAUCGCUGGGAGGAGGUACAUUCUGGGGUAUUCUUUCCUUGCUCACCGGCGCCCGCACGUUUGAUGAGAUGUUGAGGUUAGCCGAAAAGGGCGACAACGCCGGAGUCGACAUGCUUGUGGGUGACAUUUAUGGCACAGGCUACGGCAAGAUCGGUCUGAAGAGCACCACCAUCGCAAGUACCUUUGGCAAAGUCUUCCGCAUGAAGAGGAUGGCCGAAAGAAACGCAGAGGAUGGGCAAGGUUUGUUCAAUGGUGACCACGGGGAUGGUGAUCACCGACUGGGAGGCUUCAAGACCGAGGACAUGGCACGAAGCUUGCUGUAUGCGAUCUCCAACAAUAUCGGCCAAAUCGCGUACCUCCAAUCGGAAAAGCACAACCUUCAACAUAUAUAUUUCGGAGGAUCCUUCAUUCGAGGCCAUACACAGACGAUGAACACCCUUUCCUAUGCCAUCAAGUUCUGGUCUCAGGGCCAGAAACAGGCAUACUUUCUACGACAUGAGGGUUAUCUCGGUGCGGUUGGCGCAUUUCUCAAACGACAACCGAAGAACUGGGGAAGGCGCAAUAGUUUCGACGACGUCAAACUGGGCAGGGUAAUGUCCAGAGAAUAG